AUGCGGCUACAAAUCGACAUUUCGGACGCCGCCGUCGAGGAACAUGAAGAGAUCCACCAGCUUCACCUCUGGGGGUUUCAGACAUCUCUUUGGAAGACCAGCUGUAUGGUUUGUGGGAAGGAUACAGGGCCGAGCAGGAUUCGAUGCAUUUGUGGAGAGGAUCGCCCGAGCAGCAACCAUCGCCGCAUCGGCGUUAUCCAAUCGGAGCCGCCUUGGCUCAAGCUCGUCUGGGCUGAAGUCAAGGAUAGCCACCUCAUCAUCGAUCACCCCACCUUCGAUGAUUUCUAUGGAGGCUCCCAAGCUGGCUCGGUCUGGCUCGACCUUGCCGUAAUCAAUCCCGCCGUGGAGAGCGAGCCCUUUCGCAAGAUUGGACACGGCCUUGCCAUGGGCUUCUCUUCGACCAUGAUGGACCCAGAAGCCGUGGUCGAAGCCAAAUUGCGGAACGGGGGGCCUAUAAGCGCCCUAAGGCCCGGCUAUCAAGGGCAAUGGCCUGGGCCACUCAUCUUUUUCUGUUACGGUUACCCAUUGAGCGACUAUGUCAAAGUCGACCCAACCCAGUCGGACGACGUCGAACAUGGCGCCGAGGGGAAGAUGAGCAGCCUAGAGAUUUGGACCGAGUUGGACACGAUGCGUUACAAGAGCUUGCUCAGCGAACAGGAGUGCGUGGAAACACAGCUCCAGCGGAAGGGGAAGGAGGCGGCCAGUAAAUCUGUAACCCCGAACGCCGGACCGGUUUGGAAAUGGAAAGUCAAAGAACACGGCACGUCGAUGAGGAUCCUGGACCUUACGCACAAGGACCUCGUCGUGGUUUUCGACUACCUCGCCCUCUCACAACUUAACCCCAGCCUCCGCCUCCUCCGACCCUGGAACUCCAGGAACAUCCACGCGAUCCACGUCCAGGACCUCAACCACCCCGGCUACGGCAUCAAAGACCUCUGCAACUACGUCCACCACCCCGACACCUACCAGGACAACGUCAUGACGGCGUACUUCCCCAAAGUCGACGACCGCAUCUCCCUCCGCGAAAUCGUCGUCCCCCUCUACCUCCCCACGCACCCCGUCGUCGGCGCCUUCGCCGUCGGCCUCCCCUGGAUGGCGUACUACUCGAUGGACAUCAACCCGCCGUUCCGGCAGGAGAUCCCGGUCGCCCCCCGCUGGCCUCUUAUGGAGCUGAUGUGGACCAUCGGCAUCGACACGGUCGGGGCCCCCCACCUCGCCCUGCACGUGCCCACCUCGGCCUGCGACUCGGUCGUCCUCAUGCACGUCGACGCCGCCCUCAUCCACCCCCACCACGCCCGCGCCCUGUACAAGUACCUGCGCCAUACUGACCCGCGCGAGUGGACGCGCCGGGGGCCGAAGGGCUUCGAGAGCUACUGGGCCGUGUAUGCCAAGGUGGAGAUGGUGGCGUGGGACAAGGUGCCGGAUGUGUAUGCCGCUGAGCCGCGUUCGCGCAGGAUGGUGUCCGUUCAGGGGAAUGAUGAGAUUGGGAUGGUGAUGGCGCAUUUGACGCUGGAGGGGUUGGAGAAGGAAAGCCCGCAACGGAGGGAGGAGAUUGCCAUGGUUAAGCGGGAGAUGUUUGAUGUUAUAUGUGAAUACCGCGAGGCGCCGCCGGGGAGGCAUUUCGGGACUGACUGA